AUGGCUGGCAUCUUCGAGGGGCCGCGCAGCGGUGGAACAUUAUUUCUUGGUGGUCAGAAGAUCAGUGGCCAGGAUAUUCGAGAUCAGAAUGUCCUCGCAACGCAGGCAAUUGCAAAUGUUGUCAAAUCCUCAUUUGGCCCUUCUGGCUUGGACAAGAUGAUGGUUGACGACAUUGGGGACGUUACGGUCACCAAUGACGGUGCAACAAUUCUCAGCCUGCUCGACGUCGAGCACCCCGCCGGCAAGAUUCUGGUCGAUCUGGCUCAACAGCAAGACAAAGAGGUGGGAGAUGGCACUACGUCCGUUGUGCUGCUUGCUGCCGAACUCCUCCGACGGGCGAACGAUCUCAUGAAGAACCGCAUCCAUCCUACGGUCAUCAUCACAGGGUACCGCCUGGCUCUGCGAGAAGCGGUCAAAUACAUGCAGGAAAACAUUAGCACAAAGGUGGAAACCCUUGGAAGAGAAAGCCUGGUCAACAUUGCCAAAACGUCCAUGUCAAGCAAGAUCAUUGGUGCGGAUGCAGACUUUUUUGGCAACAUGGUCGUCGAUGCCAUGUUGGCAGUCAAGUCGGUCAAUGCACAGAAAAGCGAAACCAAGUAUCCGGUCAAAGCGGUCAACAUCCUCAAAGCGCACGGCAAGAGUGCAACAGAAUCAAUAUUGGUCAAGGGCUACGCAUUGAAUUGUACCGUCGCUUCCCAAGCGAUGAAGACGAGAAUCACCGAUGCGAAGAUUGCUUGCCUCGACAUGAAUCUGCAAAAAGAACGAAUGAAGCUUGGCGUCCAGAUCACUGUCGAAGACCCUCAACAACUGGAAAAGAUCCGAGAGCGAGAAGCCGGCAUUGUCCUGGAAAGAGUGGAGAUGAUUCUCAAAGCAGGAGCAAAUGUGGUACUAACUACGAAAGGGAUCGACGAUCUCGUCCUCAAGUUGUUCGUGGAACGUGGCUGCAUGGCAGUUCGGAGAUGCAAGAAAGAAGACCUAAGGCGGAUAGCGAAGGCGACGGGGGCCACUCUGGUGAGCACUCUAUCUGAUCUGAACGGAGACGAGCGAUACGAGAAAGAACUGCUGGGUUAUGCAGAGGAAGUGGUUCAAGAACGCAUCUCGGACGAUGAGUGCAUCCUUGUGAAAGGCACCAAAGCCUUUUCGUCGGCCUCGAUUAUCCUUCGAGGAUCGAACGACUACCAACUUGAUGAAAUGGAACGAUCUGUGCACGACUCCCUGUCGGCGGUCAAACGGACUUUAGAGUCGGGCAGCAUCGUACCGGGAGGAGGUGCGGUGGAGACGGCAUUACACAUUUACCUUGAAGAAUUCGCCAUGACCGUGUCCUCUCGAGAACAGCUGGCAAUUGGAGAAUUUUCGCAAUCCCUGCUGGUCGUCCCGAAGACCUUGGCCGUCAAUGCGGCAAAGGAUGCUUCCGAACUUGUUGCUCAGCUACGUGUGCGCCACGCGUUAAGCCAGCGAGUCCAAGAUGGGGAUGCCAAUGAAAGGGAAAAGGACAUUGCCAAAAAGCGACAGUACAAGAAUUACGGGUUAGAUCUGAUGCGUGGCAAGGUUGUGGAUGUCGUCAAGAUGGGUGUUUUGGAGCCGAGCAUGAGCAAGGUGAAGCAGCUCAAGAGUGCCGUGGAAGCUUGCAUCGCUAUCAUGAGGAUUGACACACUGAUCAAGCUCGACCCUCCCGAGCCACAGGGUGGAGACGAUGGUCAUGGCCAUUGA